UUUUCAAUUACCCAAAUACAAGCAGAAAUGUCGGUACUACUUUGAUGUGCUAAAACGAAGUAACAGACCUUUAAUUAAAGACAAUAACUUACGCCGAAAGCGGAAAACUUGAUCAUAUUCUUCCUCCACUCUCAGAGAUUCAAGAUCAUAUCAGAAAAACUUAUGAAACGUAAUUUAUACAAAUUUCAUGUGAUAUCUAAUGCGCCUUUACUUGAAGAUUCAUAAUGUCCUAUUACUACUUUUAGGCUCUGAACAUCGUAUAAAUGGUAAAAAAUAUGCUGGUGAAGCUCAUUUUGUACAUCAAAAUCCUUCAACGAAUCAAUUGGCUGUCUUAAGUUUUCUUAUCAUUGAAUCUAAACAUGAAGAUACAGAAUGGCGUACAUAUGUUGAUAAAGCUGUAACGUUAAAUUCAACUGGUUAUCAAACAGUCUAUGAAGGGAAUUUGUCAGCAUUAAUGUAUGCCCACACGGAUAGUUACCAAGAUUUUUGGUGGUAUAAUGGAAGCCUAACAACACCACCAUGUUCUGAAAAUGUCAUCUGGAUAAUAUUUCAUGGUGGAAUAGAAUUUUCUGACAAUGAAUUACAAUUAUUACACAAAUAUGUAUUUUUUGAAGACUUUCGAGAACCACAACCACUAAAUAAUCGAAUAGUGCUAAGAAGUUAUCCAAAAGAAGAUGAUUCAAUGUUAACAGAUCAAUAUUAUUGUUGUAAUAAGCAGCAACCACAAUCAUCAACAUCAUUCGUUUAUUCUUAUUUCACAUGGCAAUAUUUGCUUCUUUUUACUAUUUCUUGCUUUAUUUCACUUAAACUAUAUUUAUCAAGACUAUACUAAACUAUAUUAUAUUUUAUUCUCUGAAAAGUAAAUUAUGAAUUAUAAUGAAAAGUACUUUAAGUACUUUUCAUUGAUAGGAUUUUUUUCGAUGAUAGGACAAACGGGAAUGAUAUUUCGCAAUACAAUAUCUAUUUAGUCAUGCAUAGAUACUUAAGGGCGCCUUUCGAAAUAUAUUCCGAUCGGUCCCUAUUCCGCUGUUUCUCUAUUCCCUGACUAUACCUCUAUUAUAGAAUAUUUCAUUGUAUAAUCAAGCUUGAUUUUCUUUUCUAAUUAAUUU